CUGACAUACGUGUGGCGCGGAAUUUUCUAUUUAUUUUUUUAGAUACAGCAAUAAAAACGGUUGAUAGUUUAAUUAAUAUAAAUAUAAACUGAAAAUAAAUAAUAAAUCAUGGCUUCACAUAACAAAACUCUCAAUGUAUUAGCUACCAAACUUGGACUCAGUGAAGAAGAAAAAGUUGUCAAUAAAGCAGCAGAGUUUGAACGCCUUCUGCAGACCAAGUCAACGGCUGGAAGCAACAUGACUGAUACCAGCAAAACUGUGAUCUGUUUGGACCUGGCUGCUGGCAUAUUUGGAGCUGAUUUAGAUGUGAAAGUAGCCAUCAAAUACUCCGGCCUCAAGCCAGCAAUGUACACAAACUGCCGGAAGAUAGUGCAGAACCUUCUGGAGCUUAAUGAUGAUAAGCUUUCCACUCUGGUGGUCUGCAACACAUUCCAAUGCAGCAGUGUCCAGGCAUUGGCUGACAGGAUACUGGAGGAGUAUCAAGGACAGGCUAAAAUGGAAUUGGACAUGAAUCUACCCCAAUAUGUGUGUAUGGCUGUAUAUCAAGCUUGCAGAAUAAACAAAGUAAAACUAUCAAAGAGUAAAAUAAUAGAGAAGUCAAGACUGAAACCGGCACAGUGGGCCAAGUUGGAUGCGGACUGGACAAAGUUCGUAGACCAAAACUUUGCUGCCGCCAAGAAGAAGAGGGGCCGCCCGCCGAAGAAAGUGGGGGUGGAAAAUGGUGAAAACGAAAUCAACAUGGAAGUAGAUAUCCCCAAAAUAGAAGAGCCUUCAGAACCAAAGAUAGAACCUUAUGAAGACUGGAAGCGCCGCAUGCUAGAAGCAGCUUACAAAGAAUUGAAGAUGAAGGAAGCACAGAGCGUUAAAACUAUUAAGAGCGUAGAAAAAACGCCGAGGCGGUCGCCGCGGAAAACACCGCAGAAAUUUUCACCGUACAAAAGCCCUACGAAGGGAGCUGUGAGAUUAUUGUUCCCUUUAAAUAUGUAAUUUAUUAUUGUUUUUUACUGUUAAUCAAAAACUAUUAAUGUUAAGUUUAGUGUUAAGUUUAAAUUAUGCAUUUUAGGAAUGUCUCGACAUUAAUUUU